AUGAGAAACAUCGGCUUCGAAACGAUGCCGUAUUCGUCUGGGAUUCUGUUGUCGUCGUCGUCGCUUAACCUGAAGGAGGCUACGAAUUGGUGGUCGGACGUUAACGAAUCUCCGGUCUGGCAGGAUCGUAUCUUCCAUAUCCUCGCUGUUCUUUACGGAAUCGUCUCCGUCAUUGCUGUGAUUCAAUUGGUAAGAAUACAAUUGAGGGUUCCAGAGUACGGAUGGACUACGCAAAAGGUCUUUCAUUUUCUCAAUUUCCUUGUGAACGGAGUUCGAGCUCUAGUUUUUGUCUUCAGGCGAGAUGCACAGAAUAUGCAGCCAGAGAUUCUGCAACAUAUCUUGCUUGACAUUCCAAGUCUUGCUUUCUUCACUACCUAUGCGCUUCUGGUCCUCUUUUGGGCAGAGAUUUACUAUCAGGCACGUGCUGUAUCCACUGAUGGACUGAGGCCAAGUUUCUUCACAAUUAACGCGGUCGUAUACGUGGUUCAGAUUGCUCUGUGGUUGGUAUUGUGGUGGAAGCCUGUUCAAGUUAUGGUAAUCGUUUCUAAGAUGUUCUUUGCAGGUGUUUCACUGUUCGCGGCCCUUGGCUUUUUACUCUACGGAGGAAGGCUCUUCCUGAUGCUGCAACGGUUUCCGGUAGAAUCUAAAGGGCGGCGCAAGAAGCUGCAAGAGGUCGGUUAUGUGACAACCAUUUGCUUUACGUGCUUCCUCGUGAGAUGUAUCAUGAUGUGCUUUGACGCAUUCGACGAUGCAGCAGAUCUUGAUGUCUUGGAUCACCCCAUCCUAAACUUCAUAUAUUACCUAUUGGUGGAGAUAUUGCCUUCUACUCUGGUCCUCUUUAUCCUAAGAAAGCUUCCACCAAAACGCGGUAUCACACAGUACCAUCAAAUCCAAUGA